GAGAGGAGAGGAGGUUGUGUGGCUAAGCUGCUCCUGACUGAAGGAUGUCACAGUGGAGCCUGUCCUGGCUGGGCCUGGGGCAGCUGGCCGCCUCCCCGUGGCUGCUCCUGUUGCUGGCCGGGGCCACCUGGCUGCUGGCCCGCGUCCUGGCCUGGAGCCACCGCUUCCAUGACAUCUGCUGCCGCCUCCGGUGUUUCCCGCAGCCCCCAGGACGGAGCUGGUUUUGGGGCCACAUGGGCCUGGUGAAGAGCAAUGAGGAAGGCUUGCGGAUGAUAGAGGAUCUGGGCCACCACUUCCGUGACGUUCACCUCUUUUGGAUCGGGCCCUUCUACCCUGUCCUGAGACUUGUCCACCCUACCUUUGUUGCUCCCCUGCUCCAGGCCCCAGCCACCAUCAUACCCAAGGAUAUGUUUUUCUACAACCUCCUGAAGCCCUGGCUGGGGGAUGGGCUCCUGCUGAGUGCUGGUGACAAGUGGAGCCACCACCGCCGUUUGCUGACACCUGCCUUCCACUUUGAAAUCUUGAAACCCUAUGUGAAGAUUUUCAACAAAAGCGCAGGCAUCAUGCAUGCCAAGUGGCAGUGCCUGGCCUUGGAAGGCAGCACCCAUCUAGACAUGUUUGAGCACAUCAGCCUCAUGACCCUGGACAGUCUGCAAAAAUGUGUCUUCAGUUUUGACAGCAAUUGCCAGGAGAGUCCCAGUGAAUAUAUUGCUGCCAUCUUGGAGCUCAGUGCCCUUGUGGUGAAACGGCAGGAGCAGAGCUUCCUGCACAUGGACUUCCUGUACAAUCUCACCCCCAAUGGGUGGCGCUUCCGCAGGGCCUGCAACCUGGUGCACAGCUUCACAGAUGCUGUCAUCCAGGAGCGGCGCCGUGCCCUCAUUAGUGGGGGUUCCCAUGACUUCCUCAAGGCCAAGGCUAAGGCCAAGACUUUGGACUUCAUUGAUGUGCUCCUGCUGGCCAAGGAUGAAGAUGGAAAACAAUUGUCAGAUGAGGACAUCCGAGCUGAGGCUGAUACCUUCAUGUUUGAGGGCCAUGACACCACAGCCAGUGGCCUCUCCUGGGUCCUGUACAACCUUGCAAAGCACCCAGAAUACCAGGAGCACUGUCGGCAGGAGGUGCAAGAGCUCCUGAGGGACCGUGAGCCUCAAGAGAUUGAAUGGGACGACCUGGCCCAGUUGCCCUUCCUGACCAUGUGCAUCAAGGAGAGUCUGAGGCUGCACCCCCCCGUUACAGUCAUUGCCCGCCGCUGUACCCAGGACGUCGGGCUCCCUGAUGGCCGGGUCAUCCCCAAAGGGAGCAAAUGUGUCAUCAGCAUCUUUGGGAUUCAUCACAACCCGUCUAUCUGGCCGGACCCUGAGGUAUACAAUCCCUUCCGCUUCGAUCCAGAAAUCCCCCAGAAGAGGUCUCCCCUUGCUUUUAUUCCCUUCUCCGCGGGGCCCAGGAACUGCAUUGGGCAGACGUUCGCCAUGACUGAGAUGAAGGUGGUCCUGGCUCUCACGCUGCUGCGCUUCCGGUUCCUGCCAGACGAGGAGGAGCCGCGCCGGAAGCCGGAGCUCGUUCUGCGCGCAGAGGGUGGGCUUUGGCUGCGUGUGGAGCCGCUGAGCGCGGGGUCCCCGUGA